AUGGCCACCACAUUCGCGCUCACAGAACCUGCGCGUGAUCGAAUCAUUCGUAUUACCAACGUCCACUUCCACGCUGAUGAACAGUUUAUUGUGAACAUCUUCGAGGGCUUCGCAAUCGUCGACCAGUUUCGCACUAUAAACACGCGCACCAGCACGAAUUCAGUUCUGUACAUUCUUUUCAAGACUAUUGCCGACAGGAUUCGCUCAACCGAGCUAAACGGUCUCACCAUCGUCGAUCGCGAGAUCAAAAUCCAACCUGCCCGUAACGGCAACUUUACUCUGAACGAAUCCGAGACUGCCUUCGUCCGCCCAGCGACCAAGAAGAGGUCCAACAGGCGCUUUCGCACCGAGAAUUCCAUGGCUCCUGAGACUCCUGGGUCUCCCUCGGCGACCUUCGUGGACUCCGACUUUCCCGCCCUCGGCCCGGCACCAGAGGAUGCAUCGUUGAAGGCUCCGGCUGUCUCUCUUCCUGUCGCUGGCAACACCACCACUACCCUUGUAGCCAACGAGACCGACUUUGCUACGGCGAUCAGCAACCUCACGAUGACUCCAGAAAAAGAUGUCGAGGCCCAGAAGGAUGAGCACACGGGCCUCAGGAGCCGCAGUGACAUGCGCGAAGCCAGCGAUCUUGCUUCUGCGCGUGAUGCGAUCUUUGACAUUCCCAAGAAGGCCGCUCAGAUAUCCGGAGAUCGCCUCAAGCCUUUCGUUCUAGCCCAGCUUGAUGGUCAGCCUGCCAACGUCAAUAUGAACAUCCCUCCCGCUCCCGCUAACAAGAACUGGAACCUGAACGGCCACGAUCCUAACGAUCGCUCCAAGAACAUGAUUACACCCGACGAUUGGUGCAACCUCGGUCGUAAUAGUUUCAGGGGCGUCGAGGCGGAGCAGAAAGCCAAGAACACGAACGUUGAUCGUUUGGUGAAGGACGACGGUGGAUUCGGUGCUAAGGAUAAUGAAAAGUUCACGGAGCAAUAG